AGGUCUGGACAAUAAUCAAGCUGAUUGCUGAAUGGGGUGGGGCCUUUGUCAGACAUCGUGGCUACAAAAUGGUUUGACAGACUCUGUGGAAGAAUUGACAAGAAUAACUCAUGUCUAUUUGGAGUGAUGGGGUUCAGGCAAGUGUCUGCAGUGCUGCUGUUGGUCGUGGCUUUUGGCUGUGUUGUUAGUGAUACUUGGGACUCCAGAUGGUUUCAUCCGAGAUUGGGAUUUCUGCAUGACGAUGAAGUUUCAGCGCAGUUUGACUCUCAGAAGCCAGUGCAAGAAGAGCCUGCGGGAGAGGACCCUGUUGGACAAGAACCUAGCGAGCCUGUUGUCGAGCCUGUGGGGCAGGAGCCCGGCGUCGAGCCCGUGGGACAGGAACCUAGCCAGGAUGAAGACCCUGAGAACUUCCAGUCCAAGCAGACAUUUGAGAACCCUCUGACUUCAAUCUAUCCUAUGAUUGAGAAGCGUGAGCGUAAUUCUACAGUGUUUGAGCAGCUAAAGCAGGUGGCAGCCAACGGUGUGGUGGCUUGGUGUGGGGAGAGGGUGGUCCGUGUGCAGGUGAACCAGGACCUGCUGGGGAUUGGCCGGCUCAUCCAGCCAGAGCGUAUCACUCUAGGAGGCUGUGCUGCCACUGAGGAUGCUGAAGCUCUUGUGCUCACCUUUGAAUCAGACCUGCAUGGCUGUGGCAGUGAGCUGACGAUGACUGAGGAUGUGCUGAUCUACACCUUCACUCUUGUCUAUGAGCCAAAACCUCUUGCUAACACUUCUAUAUUGAAGACCAGUAAAGCUAUGGUUGAUAUUGAGUGCCACUACUUGAGGAAUCAUGACGUGAGCAGCAAUGCCCUGAAGUAUUCUGUAGAACCUAGCCAGCCUAUGGGCCAAGAACCUAGCCAGGUUGUUAUAAAGCAUGUGGGCCGGGAACCUAGCGAGCAUGUGGGAGAGCAGCCUUUUGGCCGGGAAGCUAGCGGAGAGCCUGUGGGCCGGGAAGCUAGCGGAGAGCCUGUGGGCCGGGAAGCUAGCGGAGAGCCUGUGGGUAAUGAAGCUGGCCAGCAGCCUGUUGGCGAGCCUGUGGGCCAGCAGCCUGUUGGCGAGCCUGUGGGCCAGCAGCCUGUUGGCGAGCCUGUGGGCCAGCAACCUGUAGGAGAGCAGCCUGUGGGCCAGGAACCUAGUGAGAUUUUGGGUAAUGAACCUGGCCAGGACCCCAGCGAGAUUUUGGGUAAUGAACCUGGCCAGGACCCCAGCGAGCAGCCUGUGGGCCAGGAUCUGGUUGGCGAGCAGCCUGUGGGCCAGGAACCUAGCGGAGAGCAGCCUGUGGGCCAGGAACCUAGCGGAGAGCAGCCUGUGGGCCAGGAACCUAGCGGAGAGCAGCCUGUGGGCCUAGAGCCUGUGGACCGGGAAACUAGCGAGCAGCCUGUGGACCAGGAACCUAGCGUGCCUUUGGGUCAGGAACCUAGCCAGCAUGUGGGCCAAGAGCCUGUGGUCCAGCAACCUAGCGAGCAGCCUGUGGGCCAGGACCCAAGCGAGAAUGUGGGCGAAGAGCCUGUUGGCCAGGAACCUGUUGGAGAGCCUGUGGGCCAGGAACCUAGUGAGAUUUUGGGUAAUGAACCUGGCCAGGAACCCAGCGAGCAGCCUGUGCGCCAAGCUCCUGGAGAGCAGCCUGUGGGCAAGGAACAUAGUGAGGAUGUGGACCAAGAACCUGUUGGAGAGCAGCCUGUGGGCCAGGAACCUAGUGAGAUUUUGGGUAAUGAACCUGGCCAGCAGCCUGUUGGCGAGCCUGUGGGCCAGGAACCUAGCGAGCAGCCUGUGGGCCAGGCACCUGUUGGCGAGCAGUCUGUGGGCCAGGAACCUAGUGAGAUUUUGGGUAAUGAACCUGGCCAGCAGCCUGUUGGCGAGCCUGUGGUCCAGCAACCCAGCGAGCAGCCUGUGGGCCAGGACCCAAGCGAGCCUGUGGGCCAGGACCCAAGCGAGCCUGUGGGCCAAGAACCUAGUGAGCCUGUGGGCCAGGAACCUAGUGAGAUUUUGGGUAAUGAACCCAGCGAGCAGCCUGUGGGCCAGGAACCCAGCGAGCAGCCUGUGGGCCAGGAACCCAGCGAGCAGCCUGUGGGCCAGGAACCUAGUGAGAUUUUGGGUAAUGAACCUGGCCAGCAGCCUGUUGGCGAGCCUGUGGGCCAGGAACCUAGCGAGCAGCCUGUGGGCCAGGCACCUGUUGGCGAGCAGUCUGUGGGCCAGGAACCUAGUGAGAUUUUGGGUAAUGAACCUGGCCAGCAGCCUGUUGGCGAGCCUGUGGGCCAGGAACCUGUUGGCGAGCAGCCUGUGGGCCAGGAACCUGUUGGCGAGCAGUCUGUGGGCCAGGAACCUAGCCAUGCUGUGGGCCAAGAGCCUGUGGUCCAGCAACCUAGCGAGCAGCCUGUGGGCCAGGACCCAAGCGAGCCUGUGGGCCAAGAACCUAGUGAGCCUGUGGGCCAGGAACCUGUUGGAGAGCAGCCUGUGGGCCAGGAACCUAGUGAGAUUUUGGGUAAUGAACCUGGCCAGGAACCCAGCGAGCAGCCUGUGCGCCAAGCUCCUGGAGAGCAGCCUGUGGGCAAGGAACAUAGUGAGGAUGUGGACCAAGAACCUGUUGGAGAGCAGCCUGUGGGCCAGGAACCUAGUGAGAUUUUGGGUAAUGAACCUGGCCAGCAGCCUGUUGGCGAGCCUGUGGGCCAGGAACCUAGCGAGCAGCCUGUGGGCCAGGCACCUGUUGGCGAGCAGUCUGUGGGCCAGGAACCUAGUGAGAUUUUGGGUAAUGAACCUGGCCAGCAGCCUGUUGGCGAGCCUGUGGUCCAGCAACCCAGCGAGCAGCCUGUGGGCCAGGACCCAAGCGAGCCUGUGGGCCAAGAACCUAGUGAGCCUGUGGGCCAGGAACCUAGUGAGAUUUUGGGUAAUGAACCCAGCGAGCAGCCUGUGGGCCAGGAACCCAGCGAGCAGCCUGUGGGCCAGGAACCCAGCGAGCAGCCUGUGGGCCAGGAACCUAGUGAGAUUUUGGGUAAUGAACCUGGCCAGCAGCCUGUUGGCGAGCCUGUGGGCCAGGAACCUAGCGAGCAGCCUGUGGGCCAGGCACCUGUUGGCGAGCAGUCUGUGGGCCAGGAACCUAGUGAGAUUUUGGGUAAUGAACCUGGCCAGCAGCCUGUUGGCGAGCCUGUGGGCCAGGAACCUGUUGGCGAGCAGCCUGUGGGCCAGGAACCUGUUGGCGAGCAGUCUGUGGGCCAGGAACCUAGCCAUGCUGUGGGCCAAGAGCCUGUGGUCCAGCAACCUAGCGAGCAGCCUGUGGGCCAGGACCCAAGCGAGCACCUGUGGGCCAAGAACCUAGUGAGCCUGUGGGCCAGGAACCUGUUGGAGAGCAGCCUGUGGGCCAGGAACCUAGUGAGAUUUUGGGUAAUGAACCUGGCCAGGAACCCAGCGAGCAGCCUGUGCGCCAAGCUCCUGGAGAGCAGCCUGUGGGCAAGGAACAUAGUGAGGAUGUGGACCAAGAACCUGUUGGAGAGCAGCCUGUGGGCCAGGAACCUAGUGAGAUUUUGGGUAAUGAACCUGGCCAGCAGCCUGUUGGCGAGCCUGUGGGCCAGGAACCUAGCGAGCAGCCUGUGGGCCAGGCACCUGUUGGCGAGCAGUCUGUGGGCCAGGAACCUAGUGAGAUUUUGGGUAAUGAACCUGGCCAGCAGCCUGUUGGCGAGCCUGUGGUCCAGCAACCUAGCGAGCAGCCUGUGGGCCAGGACCCAAGCGAGCCUGUGGGCCAAGAACCUAGUGAGCCUGUGGGCCAGGAACCUGUUGGAGAGCAGCCUGUGGGCCAGGAACCUAGUGAGAUUUUGGGUAAUGAACCUGGCCAGGAGCCCAGCGAGCAGCCUGUGGGCCAGGAGCCCAGCGAGCAGCCUGUGGGCCAGGAACCCAGCGAGCAGCCUGUGGGCCAGGAACCCAGCGAGCAGCCUGUGGGCCAGGAACCUAGUGAGAUUUUGGGUAAUGAACCUGGCCAGCAGCCUGUUGAGCAGCCUGUGGGCCAGGACCCAGGCGACGAGCAUUCUGUGGGCCAGCAACCUAGUGAGCAUUCUGUGGGCAAGGAACCAAGCGAGGAUGUGGGCCAAGAACCUAGUUAUCCUGUGGGCCAAGAUCCUGGAGAGCAGCCUGUGGGCAAGGAACAUAGUGAGGAUGUGGACCAAGAACCUGUUGGAGAGCAGCCUGUGGGCCAGGAACCUGUUGGAGAGCAGCCUGUGGGCCAGGAACCUAGCCAUCCUAUGGGCCAAGAGCCUGUUGGCGAGCAGCCUGUGGGCCAGGAACCUGUUGGAGAGCAGCCUAGCCUGUGGUCCAGCAACCUAG